AUGGAACUCACCCUAUUAACAUUCAAUUUGAUAUUUGGCACUUCCCUUAUCAUUCUCUAUCUGGUAGGAUUGGUAGCUUGGAAAUAUUACGAUAAGAAACAACGACUUUUCAGAAAGGAUAUUCUCAAGAGAGUUUCUCGUCAUGUCAAUUCUACUCGAAAGGGAGAACAUCACGUCAGCCAACAUGAACCUCUUGAAUCCUCUCCUCCUAUAGUUAUCUUUCCACUCUCAAGACAAGAAAUUUAUCCAUACGAAAAGCAAGAAACUUUCCCCUCUCAAACCCACACUCCAUCCUCGCAUAGGAUAAGAAGAAGUUCUAUCGACUGUACUCAUUUACAUCAAUCGUUGCACUCGUCCACUUCAUUACACUACGAUCAUCACAAGUGGAUUAAAAUAAUGUGGGAUUUAUACGAAUUACUUCCACCAGUGCCUUAUUUGAGUGUAUUGAUUCAGUAUUUGAGUGAUCCUGUGGUGUUUGUUGAGAGAUGUGCAAAGAUUUAUGGUCCUUGCUUUUCAAUUUAUGCUUGGUUUGGUAUCAAGUGGACUUUUAUGGUGGGACCAGAUUCGAAUAGAAUUUUCUUUUCAGAUAUUGAGGGAAAACAAUCGAAUUUGUUUAAUCCUUUAAUUGAUUAUAGUAAAGCUUCUGAAAUGUUGAAUAAGGCAUUUGAGAGAAGUGACAUCUUGCCAAGAAACCAUCAAAUUUGCUUGCCUUUCAUUUCCAGAAGAGUGAGAUGGCAUCCACUUGAAAACGAACCUGAACUAAAGGAGGAGCCAAUCUCCAAGAAACAACUAUUAACUGAAAAAGAACAUUUGAAACAAAUGCUUCAUGAAGGUUUCUCCUCCAUUCAACCACUCUCUGAAUUUGUUUUAGAAAAUAUUCGAAAGGAAGUCAAAAGCUCACUCUUCCACCUCAAUCACAUCAAUUUGGAUUUUGUUGAUAAGAAUGAAAUGCCAGCCAUAGCCGAAGCAGAUCUAGAAACUCCAAAGCAAUUAUUUGGCAUUACGAAGACAUUUUCACCGAAGGUUUAA